GCGUGUCAAACUCGAGGGCUUAAGGCACAGCGCUAGCUUCAGAAAAGUGUCAGUUAAAGUCACACGUUAUAUGUAGAUGAGUUACAGCUGCUUCUUGGUCUUGUUCCGGGAUCCUGUACCUGGCAGCAGCCUUGUAACGUGACCAGUUUAAAACAGCCCAGAACACAAGGAGCUGACUUCAGACCAGUGAUUAGUGACUAACCACAUUGUGUCCUGCUGAGAAUAUGGACUUGUGCAUGAAGAUGUGCUGUUGGUUAUAACUCUACACUCAAACAGCUUAGCUUGCUAAAACUACAGCAUUUGUUUUGAGAAGUUUUGCGAGCGUUUCUGCUGCUGUGAUCCAGGAAACACGACAUGCCGAGAACCGUGAGCAGUGUUCUUUGAUUGGCAGCUGUGGGUGCCGCCAGCAGUCAGGAUGAUGAGGGUGCGCUGGUCAAAACACCUGGUUCUUCUGACGAAAGCCGGCUUCUUCCUCUCCGUUCUGUGGCUCUUCUACCUCUUUGUGUUCCGCUCUUCCAACACAGCUCCGGCUGAAAAUGGCAGCAAACGCAAUAUUGAGUCCAGGGUUCCCUUUACGGUGGAAGAAGUGGAUGCAGAGACUCUGAAGCGGCCCAUUUACGUGAAGAAUCCUCCUGACUCGAAUGCACAUGGAGAGUGGGGCAGAGCCACCCGACUCAACCUUAACUCUGAGGAGAAAAAGCAAGAGGAGGACAGCAUCGAGCGCUACGCCAUCAACAUCUACGUCAGCGACAAGAUAUCCCUCCAUCGCCAUAUUGAAGAUAACAGGAUGCACGAAUGUAAAAGCAAGACGUAUAACAUCCGUCACCUUCCAACCACAUCUGUGGUCAUCGCCUUCUAUAACGAGGCCUGGUCCACCCUGCUAAGAACCAUCCAUAGUGUCUUGGAGACCACACCUGCUGUACUGCUGAAAGAUAUCAUUCUCGUUGAUGACUUGAGUGACCGAGGCUAUCUGAAAUCCCAAUUGGAGGAGUACAUUAGCAACCUGGAGCGUGUGCGCCUCAUCCGCACAAAUAAGAGAGAAGGACUGGUCCGAGCUCGGCUUAUCGGUGCCACCUACGCCACAGGAGAUGUACUCACAUUUCUGGACUGCCACUGUGAGUGCGUGUCUGGAUGGAUUGAGCCUCUUCUGGAAAGGAUUGCUGAGAAACAAGACACUGUUAUCUGUCCAGUGAUUGACACCAUUGACUGGAACACAUUUGAGUUUUACAUGCAGACUGAUGAGCCCAUGGUGGGUGGUUUUGACUGGCGGCUGACAUUCCAGUGGCACAGUGUGCCUGAGGCGGACCGCAAAAUACGGAAAUCCCGAAUAGACCCCAUUAGAUCUCCCACCAUGGCCGGAGGUCUGUUUGCCGUAAGCAAGUCCUACUUUCAAUAUCUGGGUACUUAUGACACAGGCAUGGAGGUGUGGGGAGGAGAGAAUCUGGAGCUUUCCUUCAGGGUUUGGCAGUGUGGAGGCUCACUGGAGAUUCACCCCUGUUCCCAUGUGGGUCAUGUUUUCCCUAAGAAGGCACCAUAUGCCAGGCCAAAGUUUCUCCAGAACACAGUACGAGCUGCUGAGGUCUGGAUGGAUUCUUACAAGGACCUUUUCUAUAACCGCAACCCUCCUGCUCGUAAGGUGACAUACGGGGACAUUUCAGACAGGAUUCUCUUACGAGAGCGGCUGAAGUGCAGGACGUUUGAUUGGUAUCUAAAGAACAUCUACCCAGAUCUGCAUGUACCUGAGGACAGACCUGACUGGCAUGGAGCUGUCCGUAGUGGUGGGAUUCCCUCUGAGUGUCUGGACUACAACGCUCCAGAUCACAAUCCCACAGGGGCUCACCUGUCGUUGUUCGGCUGUCAUGGACAAGGAGGGAAUCAGUAUUUUGAGUACACCUCAUAUAAGGAAAUCCGCUAUAACUCAGUAACUGAGCUGUGUGCGGAGUAUUCGAAUGGCCAGAACCACAUAGGCAUGAAACACUGCCCCCGAGACGGCGAGCAAGUUCCUCCCACCAUCGUCUGGGAGAUCAGAGAUAAUGGAAGUAUCUAUCACCCUCUUUCAAACAAGUGCAUAACUGCAUACCGUACAGCAGAGGGUCGGACCGAUGUGCAAAUGCAAAAAUGCUCUAACGAAGACAUAAACCAGCGCUGGAAGUUUGAAUGAUUGGGAUUUUGACAGUAUGUCAAAUUCAAGUUGUGCAUUUUAUAUGAAGUCUAAGCCUCAAAUCAGUAACUUGUCUAAAGUUAUAUACAUUUUAUGUUGCUCUGGGAGACUGUAAAUCCUAUUGGUCAGGACUGACUGGAUUUAAGCGCAAUGAAGAUGUGCUAAAACUAAUUACGGGACUAGGAAGGAACUAUUUCAGUGGCUCAGAAAGAAAUAUAUUCUAAAUUGUUCAUUGACAGAAACGUGCAAGGCCUUUGGCUUGUUGAUGAGUAGACUAGGCUCUGUACAGUGCCUUUGAAAACCAAAGGUGAUCAAGUUUCUGUUUUCAUUGUAUGACAUGUACAUGAUCAAUAAUGGUGCAAUACUGUACCAAAAUUCCUUUUUGUAGCAAUAUGGGGAAGGAAAUAUCGUUGUGUUGGAACACCUUUUGUGUUUACAUGAUUGCACUAUGUACUGAUACGUCAGCAGAACUGUAAGUUGUGACUCAAAACUAAGCUUUUAUAUUCAUAAAAGUUUUUUUUAGAAGACAAGUAUUUCAGGGAGUGGCAAGAACCUGUUUAGCUUGCUGUACUCUUUAUAUUUUCUAGUCACGACAUUCUAGCCCUUGCUUGCAAGCAUGUUGAUAUUUGUUCUUGUACACAGCCCUGUUAACGUCUUUUCAUUAUGUUGUGGGUUUAUUUUCUAGUAACCUCCACAAACGUGUUCUGCACCAACACACUGUGCCUGAUUUCAACUGCAAAAUCAUUUACAAUGAAUCAUAGAUUACAUUUUUUCUCAGUUAAGUUUCAAAUUAAGGGCUGAUUGUGGAGGCUAUACUUUAACUUGUCUACAGAUUUAGUACAAAGAAUAUUUCUGAAAUCAAAUCAGUUUAUGAGAACUGCUGUGCCUUAAUCAGAUAGUAAUCAAAUAAUGUUUAACAGCAAAAACAGGUGCUCUCCAUUUCAUUCUGUACAUGAUGCUAGAGGGGGUGAAUCUUUUUUUUUUUAUGAAUGAGGGUGAUGUAAUGAAUGAUCUCAUAACUUACUGAAAUGCAGUGAGAUGAUUGUUCGCUAGAAUUUAUGCACAAAUGUGUGAACUUGUCCACAAAAACCUGCCUGUGUUGAGACAUCCAGUUUAAUUUAUGUAUUCAAAUGUUGUGCUUUGGGUGUAAUGUAACGAGUCUUAAAUGUUAGCCGAAGGAAAACAUUUAAAACUGCUGUUAGUCGUUUUCUUUUGAGUCAUCCAGAUGUCAGAAUAAUACUGUAUAAUUUUAGUGUGAAAUAGCUCAAUUACAGGACCAGUCAUUCUUCCAGUCAUUUCAUGGACAUUACAAUAUACUGUGGACUUAAAUGCUCUACAUCAUGGACUUGUUUCGGCUCUUCACAUUUGUGAUAUUAAUCAGUUAUUUCUGAGGAUAAAUCUGUUUUUUUUCUUUUCUUUUAUGUUUGUUGAUGUUUAAACAUGGUGUGAAGGGACCUUUAUAUGAUGGUGUGAAUGAUAUUCCAAACUACUGAUUAAGCACAAAGUGUGACGGUUAUCCUCUGUACCAUACAGUACAAUCAUUGUAUUAUGUUCAUUGUACUGAAUCAACCGUGUUAACUCAAUGGUCAGUGCAGUUUAAAUGGAUCAAAUAUGUUCUUUUUGAAACUAUGAGAAUCAAACUUUCACAUCAUAAAAACAAGAAAGAUUUUUCUGAG